UCCACGUUUCUCCAGCAUUUAAAUCGUGGAGUAUGGCAUUCCAGCGUCGAAGUCCCAACGUUAGCAACAACCCUCUGGCAUAUUCGACCUCUUGUGGCGUCAUAUCCCCGCCGAAAACCUAAGAGCAUCCUAUCGUCAUUCAAGUUUCCGUCGAAAACCGUCACAACCUCUCUUAUGCCCGCUAUCAAAGCUCGCCUUACCCCACCGCUUGGUCACGGAGGCCGCGUUCCAAAGCUUAUCGUGCGCCAUCCUCACUACCCGGACUGCAACACGCUUGUUAAGCUACCCGCCCUAGAUGACGGCGACACAGUCGACUACGAUGUAGCCCUCAUUAUCUGCGGCAUCAUCUCCGACAAUAGCUGGAGCACCGGCUGGUUCGCUCGCUCUGCCGAUGGCAGCAAGGUGUGCAAGCCAGGUGUGCCGUUAGUUGCCUCCGAUGGUGACGUCUUCUACUUUGUCAGCGAUUGGAACUACAAAUACCCCGUAUAUGUUUCGUGGGAUCACUGGCGUCUCCCUGGUACCGACGCGGACCUCCCCUCCGCUUUCUCCACCCUCGCGAUUGAUCCCUCACCGCCCUCACUCCGCAACAGCGGCUACGUGGAGGACCUCAAGGGCCGCGACCAGUCGUGCCGGGUGUCGGGCAUCAUUGACUUCUGUGAACAAGCGCACCUGGUUCCGGCGGGUGAGAGGGAGUGGUGGGACUCCAAUAUGGGCGAGAGCAGCGACCUGGAGAUUCAAUCGGCGCUGAACGGAAUACUAUUGCGAGCCGACCUCCACCGGUCGUUUGACGCCGGCACAUGGGUACCGAUGGUAAGGGAGGGGGGCCGGCUAGUUGUAUACGUGGUGCGAACAGUCGACGUGUCGAACCAGUUCGCCGCGCUGUGGCAUAACAUCGAGAUGCAAAACCUGGUGGGUGUCGACCGGCGUUGCCUGUUCGCACGUGUCGCGUGGGCGGUACUGUCACUGCAUCAAGAGUUUCUCGCCAUCCGGCGACUAGCGAGCGACAACCUGUUGGUGCGGAUGAAAGAUGGGGAGCUGAAGGAGAUGGCGCCUGAAGUGUUCAAGCAGUUUUCGCGCUCGUGAUCGAAGAACCCGAGCCCAACGAAGCGGCCGCGAUUGCAGGCGCUUGAAGAGGAUGGCGGCGUUAUCGUCGAUGUGGAGCUGGGUUGGAGUUAUGAGGCCGGU